CCUUAUCUCUCUCUCCCUCCCGGUCUCGGACUACCAGCAGAGCAGUGAGGGUAUCUGUGAUCCUGCCAUGCACAGCAGCUGAGCUCCGGCGACCAUCUCUCCCCCCUCCCGACCCAGAAGGCCGGCGACCCGGAUCCGAAAGCUCUCCCCAGAACAAGAACCCGGAGCUUCUCGAUCGUAUUCAUGGCUUCUCUCGAAAGCUCUGGACCAGAAGUGGUCACUAUCGACGUUCUCGCAGCCAGGGAUCUGGUCAGCUCCGGCCACCGUUUGCUAGACGUGAGGACCGAAGAAGAAUUCAAGGAGGGUCACCCCAAGGCGGAGGACGUCUUGAACAUUCCCUACCUCUUCGCCACCCCGGAAGGUAGAGUGAGCAAUCCUCGGUUCAUGGAGCAAGUUUCAUCUGCCUAUGGGUUGGAAGAUCGCAUCGUGGUGGGAUGCCGGAGCGGAGCCCGAUCGCUGUCUGCCGGAGCCGACAUGCUUAAAGCCGGAUACAAGCAUGUGUGGAACAUGGGAGGAGGCCAUCUAGCUUGGGUUGACAAGGGAUUGCCCGUGAAGAAGCCACUCGAGGAGGAGAUGAAACUUCACCGUGGCCCAAAGGCUGAGGAAGUCACAAAGGAAGAGAAACUCGAAGUGGUUAAUUAAGCAAGAACUAAUAUCAGAUUUGGUUGUGUGGUACUAUCUGCAUUCAUGUGAUCAAGUUUGCAAUCGUGCUCUGGAUUUCUGGCUUUAGUUCUAUUGCUACUAAGAGAUGAAGCCAUAUCUUAUUUAUUUAGCGAACCUUGUUCGUGUGA